GUUUAGUUAAUCUUUAUUUCCCUUUUGUCCGUCCCUGUGGAGACGAUACUCGUACUUUACACCAUUUUACUACAUCAUUUUAAGUGCGAGAAAACACACAUCAUUUAAAUAGCCAGAAUUCAAUUCAGCUAGAUAUGUUUUGUGCCAUAAGGGUUAUGGAUGGUCAAGUUAAUAAUCACAAAUAUCCUUAAACUUAUUUUUGAAAAAAUUAUAUAUCAACAUACUUGGUUGAGAGAUAAAGUGAUUUUCAUUUCCAUAUUUCUGAAACUUAUGGAGUACAUCAUUUUGCUGCUUUGCAGGGCUGAGGUAGCACCAAGUUUCUGUUCUGGUAGUGAAGGCAAUGAAUCAAGAAUACAACCAGUAGAAGGUAGCUACAAUGGUGAAAAGCUUCAUCAGUCUUCAACCUUUAAUUCCGUGGUAUACAUGGAAGAAGGCAACUACAGUUCUUCCUACCGUUUUUGCAGCAAACAAGGUGCCUGUCAAGGAAGUGAGUUGUGAUGAUUCGAAGAAAAACACUUGAUUUAUGAAUUGUCGAAUUAGUAAAAAAAGCUGAAAAGGUAAUAAUCACAGACCUAUAGGUGCAUAAAUAAUGGGAAGAACAUAUACAGGUAAUAAAUAUGCAGUGUGUUCUCUUGAACAUAACUAAAUAAACAAGGCUGUUUGAUAUUUUUUUAUUAAACCCGGAGUUAAUCCAAAACCCCAUCAAUGUCUGUUUGAUACAAAAAUAACAGAGGCUCACAAAACUAGGAACAUACAUGUACAUGCCUCUCCUCUAAAAUGAAAAAGGUGGUAAGUUAGUUGCGGUUUGUGACAUCUCUGGUGCCAGAGAAAAAAUAUUAGCAUUCAUGAUCUAAAUAAUAACGUCAAUGCUGAAUCUUAGGUUAAAGGUUUACAGGUGAAGAUGCAAUGUUUUUGGGCUUAGCGGUCUAUUCAAACAUAUGAAUUUGGAAAGAGCACAGGCUAAAGAGUGGGCUGAGUGGAUGAAGGAUAUUCAUAUGAAGAAUUGAUGUCAUUUCAUAUUUUUGAUCUUUGUAUCUUUCUUAUAUUCUUUAUCUUUCUAUCUUAACAGUCAUGUUAAUUGACACAAAACUAUUUUGGGAUUAAGGUUUGGUUGUUAUUAUUGUAAUUGUCUAUUCAAACCAUCCAACUGAUCCAAGUGCCCGUAGCUUUUGAAUAGGUCCUAUUGGGCAUUGGCUAGAUGAAACGUAAAAGUACUUAUGUUCAUAUUGGUUUGAUUAAAUUAAUUUAUGUUGCUCUCC